CACUCUUCCUCCCCACUUACUCCUCUUCUCCCUUCACACUUCUCCCUUUCCCCUCCGUUCCGCCUGCGUCCACUCUUCUCUGGAGCUGAAUCUUUGGUUUCUCCUCUCUUAGACUUUCAACUCCAUCUUGCUUCCUCAUAGCAAGAGCCAUUCGUUUGACCCCAUCCUUCCCGUCGUCUGUCGCAUCGCCUUAUCUCAAACCGGCUCCCCCCCCCACCUCUCCUACCGCUUGCGACCACAACCAAUUUCCACGCCACACCUUUUACUGCUGACCACAAUCGCUCUACUUCUGCUUGUCGGAUUCUGAGAUGGUCAUGCUGCGAUUUUUCAACCAUCCAUAAAGUACCUAAUCAUAAUAAAUCGUCGCGAUCCUGAUGGGCAAAUGGCGCUAUGGAGUCGUCCUGGACGCAGGCUCGUCUGGGACUCGAGUCCACGUUUACCGAUGGUUAGACAAUGCUGUUGCCCGUAAAGAGGCUGACGGAGAUGAACUCAAGUCUCUACCGGAGAUCAAAACUAAAUCCCACUGGACGAAGAAGAUACACCCAGGUGUGUCUUCGUUCGCCGACCGACCGGAGGAUGUGGGCCCCCAGCACCUUGCGGAACUCCUCGACCAUGCCCGCGAAAUCGUACCCGAUGAUGCCAUGGACCAGACGCCCAUCUUCCUCCUCGCCACCGCGGGAAUGCGUCUACUUGGCGAUGUGCAACGGAAAGUUUUGCUUGAGCAGAUUUGUUCCUACGUCGGCGCGAAUUCGGACUUUCUGCUUCCCGACUGCGACGUGCACAUCCAGGUCAUUCCAGGGGUAACCGAAGGGUUGUAUGGGUGGAUUGCGACGAAUUACCUUCUCGGGAGCUUUGACUCGCCGGGAUCCCAUGAUCACGGCAAGGGUCAUCACACGUACGGAUUCCUAGACAUGGGCGGCGCCUCGGCGCAGAUUGCGUUCGCGCCCAACGCGACAGAGAGCGAAAAACAUGCAAACGACUUGACGCUACUGCGGCUGCGCAAUAUUGACGGAUCGGAGCAGGAACACCGAGUGUUUGUGACAUCUUGGCUGGAAUUCGGGGUGCAUGAGGCUCGGAGACGCUUUGUCGAGUCUCUGCAGGCGGCAAGCGCGGUUGGAGAAGUCACGGAGCUCCCGGAUCCUUGUCUACCUGCGGGGUUGCGGACGACGCUGGACGGCAAGCCGCUGGCCCCGGGAGAUAACGCCAUUCAUCUGCUAGGGACUGGCAAGUUCGACGAGUGCUUGCGCCAGACCUACCCUCUGCUGGACAAAGAUGCGCCUUGUCCGGACCAGCCAUGCCUCCUCCGUGGCGUACAUGUACCGGCCAUUGACUUUGACGUCAACCAUUUCGUCGGCAUCAGCGAGUACUGGCACACGACUCACGAAAUUUUCGAGAUGGACCACAAGGACAAGGCUUACGAUUUCCACACCUACCAGGACCGCGUGCAGUCUUUCUGCUCGCAAGACUGGGCGGCUAUUGAGGCCGGUCUUGAAAGUUACCAGUGGGGUAAGAAGGUCGACCGGGAAUCGGCUUCGGAGGUCUGCUUCAAGGCGUCAUGGAUCAUCAACGUGUUGCAUGACGGCAUUGGGAUUCCUCGUGUGGGCCUUGACGCAAUGAAAUCCUCGAACCACAAUGGGACCAAGGAGGUGCUGUCUCAAGGUCAAAGCAAGGGCUUCCUGGAUUCUUUCCAGGCCGCUAAUAAAAUUCAAGACACAGAAGUGAGUUGGACUUUGGGCAAGAUUGUCUUGUAUGCAUCUUCGCAAAUACCCACCGAGACUCAAGAAGCACUUCCCGUUGGGUUCGGCAGCAAUGUUGCCGGUAUUCCUGGCGACUUCCAGUAUCCUAGUGCGGAGUUGUUGCCCGAUCCUGAAGGUGCGCAUAACGGGUCGUGGCGUGAUGCGAUGCUUGACGGCAGCUCAUCCCGCAGAGUGCCUGGCCUCAUUCUUUUCCUGCUCAUCAUCGUGGUGGCUGCAUUCUUUCUCUGCGGUCGCAACCGUCGGCAAAAACUUUAUCACAAAAUCCACAAUGUCUUCGGUGGUGGUGGGCCUUCGCAUCCCAGCUACCCCAAGAGACGAAGAAUCUUUGGUGGCAAAAUACCGUUCUUCGGCCCGCGGAGUCCCACCUACGAGCGCGUGCUUGAGGAUGGCGCCGCUGAUUAUGAUCUUGGUGAGACCGCUUCAAGUCGCAGUUCCAUUGACGGCGGUCGUCCUUCGGAAGCGGAUUCUUCCAAGUUUAUGGCGCCGAAGCGAGCAUCGAGCUGGGGUAGUGGCAGCAAUACGCCGACGUUCAAGUACGCGCUGGACAACACAUCUUCAGCAACCAUUGGACUCGGUAUUACUCCCGGUCCGGGGGUUUCGGCGAUGGACCGCCAUGGUCUGGUGGUGAGGACGGAGAGCAGGGAUCAUCUGGCGCCGGUAGCACUAGGACCGACGACGAAUGGCCGGCGGUCCCGCGCGGGCAGUCCCUCCCGAUCACAUCCCAACAGGUCACCAGUCAUGACCCCUCUGGCCGAUGAAUGAUUCCCUGUAUGAAUAUGUUAUGUUGCGGUUUUGCAUUUUCAGGAGUUCGUCUUUGCAGCCGGGCCAAGACCCGGCCGUAAUAUGGAGCUGCUUCUUGGUACAAUCAUGUGGGGCAUGUGCUCCUGGGUACAUAGUUACUCUUUUCGAAACAUCUGUGAAAAUGUUAGACAAGCCGUUUAGUCAAUGCCAGGUGCAAC